AUGGGAAUGUCACUGACAGUCGCCAGGACAUGCCAAAGAGCCCAUUGCAUAGCUAGGAAUGUGGGAGCAUCACGAGGGAUGCUGGAGAAUUUUGGAAGUUUGGAUGAGGUGAACCUCCAGAAUCCAACAGUGGGAAAAGCACUCCAUCUUCAGGAUCAGAACCAACAUUUGUUCUAUUUGGUGACAAAGGACCAACCCCAGGAAGAAUCCACAUAUCAGGCUUUGUGGCAAAGUCUAAUGCACCUGCAGACUCAUCUUCAAUUCCUGGAAGUGGAGCAAUUUGGGAUCCCCAGAGACAACUGUGGCUAUGAUGGAUUGGACUGGAAGAUUGUGAGACCAAUGAUUGGAAGAAUCUUCAAGGACACUGGAAUCAGCAUCAACUGUUGUGUUUACAAUCCAUGGGUAGCCAUGAUGGAUCUUGACUGUUCUAGGACAGACCAGUUUUAA